GAAUUCCCUCCUUUCCUCCUCCUCAUAGAUUUCCGCAUGGCUUCCUCCGCCCCCUCCAAAUCGCAUUGGCGAUUCUCCACUGUGCCAGGCUUCUUCUACCAAAGCGAGCCGUCCACCGACGCCAGCACCUUUGACUACGCAUCCUCCAACUUCGGCCUCAUCCCCCGCCCUUACCCCACAGACACCACCCUCCCAGAUUCCGAUACCAAAACCCCCUGGGAACGCUUCGCCCACCACAUCCGCACUCUCAACGACACCGCCGACGAAAACACAUGCUACAAGGUCCUGUUCCUCGGCCGCCACGGCGAGGGAUACCAUAACGUCGCGGAACGGGAAUACGGGACCCUCGAAUGGGAUAGACACUACUCCCUCCUCCCCGGCACCGCCACAGAAAGCUGGAUCGACGCGCGCCUGACCGAAACCGGCAAAUCGCAAGCCCGUACCGCGCACAACACCUGGGCCCAGCAGAUCAAGGAUGGCAUUCCCACCCCGGAAUCCUUCUACGUGAGUCCGUUGAAUCGGUGUCUGGAGACAGCGUAUAUUACUUUCUCAGGGUUGGGGGUGAAGGGGACGGAGCCGUUUCGGCCGUUGGUUAAGGAGCUCCUCCGCGAAACCAUCGGCCAACACACCUGCGACAGCCGCUCCCCCAAAUCGGCCAUCGAAGCCGAAUACCCGACGUACAUCAUCGAGCCCGGGUUCACCGAGACGGAUGAACUCUACGACCCAGUACUCCGGGAAUCCGACUCCGCGCGCGAUAAACGGUUCCGGGAUUUACUGCAGGAUGUGUUUACGAAUGAUAGGAUGGUGUUUUUGUCCCUGACGGCGCAUUCGGGUGCCAUUACGAGUUUGUUGAAUGUGUUGGGGCAUCGGAGGUUUGAGUUGGAGACGGGGGGGGUUAUUCCGGUGUUGGUGAGGGGGGAGAGGGUGGGGGGGGAGUUGCCGGAGAUGAGGGUUGAGCCGUGGUUUCCGGUGCCGAACUAG